AUGUGUGAUGUCUAUUCUAUCAAUUUGGAUACUGCUAUCCAUAUCCACAUCACUUCACGUAGCCCUGCUCUCCAACGUAUCGAUAAAAUAGUUCCACUUCGUAUUAACAUCCUUGUCAUACAGAAAGGGAAUUUAGCGUUUGACAACAAUCAAUCUUCAGUAAGCCUUCUGAAGAACAAAGAACUGGUGUUCUACUGCACUGUCGGCCAGCGCUAUAAUCGAGGGUCAUCGAGAUCAAGGUGGUAUGUACCUACCAUGCAGCACAUUUUCGAAUACUAUUUGGGAGGAAGGACAGUUAUCUACGUGGAUCACCUUGGUUUCGGACCCCCUGUAUCCGAUCUCAAUCUGCCAGAGACUCUCAACAUGAGAAUUAACAAACUGGCUACUACAUACUGUGAGAUUGAACCAUUGCUUCCAAUCAUCGAUCCGCUUAGUUUUCCGCUGACUGAGCUACGAACAGUACUUGAAGGUGUAAAUACUUUUGAGCAUCCAGUGUUUCUAACUGCUAAACGUCUAAUCUUUGGAGUGGAGGAAGGAGAAUCGUCGAAUCUGUUAACAGAAGUCCAUAAAAUACAAAACAAGGAUGUGACAUUUGAAUAUGACAAUUUCGAAGAAGCUGACCCUAUAAAAAUAAUCAAACAUUGGAUGGAAAGUGGAAAGGACAUUGGAACCACAUUCGUUUACACUGGUCUUGCCAACCGCAACCUUGACACAAUUUUUCCAAAAUUGGAAAAAGAAUUCGGUGAAUUCCUGACCGAGUUGGAUGAAACAAUUGAUCAACUCAUUUCCGAAAGACCGCAAUUUGAAAUCCCAAUCAACUCAGAAUCCAAUAUUUUGGUAUAUGGAGCUGUACCCCAACUUGAUUGGGAUUACAAAUCACAGCUCGUGUUGAAGGUGGUGCCAGCAACGUAA